AUGGGUGGUGGAUCAGGACCGGCCAGCAAUAGCAACAGCCGCGGUCCAUGGGGCCCUAAUGGGCCUGGUAAAGGGAAGGGUAAGGGAGCUGCUGCAUCUAUGAACCAAGGCAUGCAGCAACAACCGCCCCCACCUCCCCCUCACGCUACUUAUCAACAGCAACAACAGCCACAAGGUGGUUAUUAUACUCCUAGUGGUGGUUAUAUGAUGGAGGAAAUGGGAAUGCCUCAGCAAUUCGUCCAUCAGGGAUAUGGCUUCGCCGCCAUGCCCCCCUAUAUGGCCUACGGUGGGCCCACGUCCCAGCCUCCCCCACCACCUAUGAUGUCCGCCGGCUACGGUUAUCAGAUGGCACCUGGUAUGGGCCCUCCUGGUGGUGCAGCAGCCUACUAUGUACCGAUGCAGGGCAUGCCUUAUGGGAUGCCUGGACAGGAGUAUCCCAUGCAAGCAGCCAUGAUGACUCCUCCUCCACCUCAGCAUCUUCAAGGUGGAUAUCCUGGUGGUGGUAUGUAUGCUGGGGCUCCGCCAUAUGGUACUCCUAUGGAUUCCGGUGGUCCUAUGUCGGCACCACCGAUGCCCCGGCCUGGUAGUGGUCCCCAACAGCAACAACCCCCCCACAGUGGUGCGACUAUUGGGAAUGCCAGCGAUACUGCCUCUGGCAUAAUGGGUGGUGAAGAGUCGCAUCUUCAACAACAAGCGCAACAUUUGAAUGAUAAUAGUAUUCAACAAUCUGCUACCUCUCGUGGUGGUAAUACUCCUAGUGGAGGUCCUCCUAGUCGAGGGAGCACUAUGGGCCCUGGCGCGCGCCCAUUCCCUGGCCCACCUCGACGAGAAGGAUCGGCAACCUCGGUCCCGGGUGGUCGCCCUCGGAAACCGUUGACAAUCAUUGACCCUAGUACUGGUCAGGAGGUGAAGUUGGUCGACCAACCUGCUACUAGUACAACUAAAGAUUCCAAGCCUGUCACCAGCGAGGACAAUGCGGCGGUUCCUGCGGGCCCCACGACUAGGCCGGCGGCCCGUGUCGACUCUGGUGUCGUGGAGGAAGAGAAGACUGGUGAAACUCGUCCUACUACAGCGGCUACUACCGGGAGACCAGUGUCUCGCCAGAGGCCAGUCCAGGCGGCAGUUGCUGCCGGUGGGGCUCCGACGGGCCCUUCGGCUGAUGUAGCCGAGGGCUUUGAGACUGUCCAGCCUCAUUCAUCUGGCACUUCCUCGGGAGAGGCUUCCCAUCAUGAUGACUAUCGUGGGGUGAACGAUAGGAAGAAGCUCCUCAAUGCUGCCCUACGGAAGCCACUGCCGUCCUCUACCAAGCCGCCACUUAUCGAUUCCAAGCAUCCCAAGCAACAGCAGGCAGCUCCUCCUUCUACCGGUAAACCUGAAGGGCCCUCUGAGGCCUCGGCCCAGGAGAGGGACGGUCAGCGUGAAGACUACGCUGAGCAUGGUGUUCAACAACAGCAGCAACAGCUGGGCUUCAUUCCUGCUGGUGGUGUCCCUCCUAUGUACCCAAUGGGAGGCCCUUAUGGUGGUAUGCCUCCUUAUGGCACGCCUCCUCCCUCCUACGUUGGACCUCAGUAUGGUGCUCCGAUGAUGCAGCCACAACAGCCGGCAAUGCCUAUGUAUCCUCAGCCACCCCAAGGAGGUGUUGGAAUGAUGAUGCCCAUGUACCCUCAGCCGGGCCUGCCGAGCUCUAGUGAGGAGGUAGAGAUGUCCUCUCCCCCUCCACCAUCGAUGCCCUCCGAGCCGUCUCCUCAGCAGCCUCCGGCUAGUGGUGAUCUCAGUAGUUCAUCUGCGGCUAAGUCGGGUACUCAGUAUGGUGGGAGGAAACUAGCUUUCAAUAAGGCUAUCGCUAAGAAGUCUCCAACAGUAGCUGUUACAUCACCAGCUGAGAAGGAGGUCUCUACUGCUCCUACUAGUGGCACUGCUGCAGCGGCCAACGAGUCUGUCGCUCCUCACGUGGAAGGUCCGAACCAUCUUGGUGAGACUUCAGCCGUCACCCUCGAGCGCAAGAAGCUGUUCAGUCGGGCUAUCGGGAAGCCUAAGGUCGCUGUGACUCCUCCUCCCCCUCCUCCUUCUCAGCAGCAGCCAGAGCCGGUACAGGAGGAGGCGUCAACGACAACUGUCGAGGCUAGCAGGCCAGAAGCUGUCCCAGAAGCCCCAGUGGCGGCCACCAAACCGGCAUUAGAAACACCGCCUUCUACGAUGGUCUCACUCGCUAAGAAGCGUGGAUUCAAGAAUAUCCCUAUCGACCGUUCGGCCGUCCACCCCAGUCCAGUCGUGGCUCCACAGCCUGUUACUGUACCAGGGGAGCAUGAGCAGGAGGGUCUCCCAGAGUCGGCGGCAGUCAUCACUUCCUCGGUGCCAACCCCUGAGACUGAGGCUGCCUCGAAGGACAAGGACAGUUGGGAGGAGACCAGUUCGUCUGAGGGCGAACCACUGAAGGCUGCUGGGGUCCCUGAGGAGCUCACUGAGGGCGAGGAAACUCCAUCAGCUCAGUCUAGUGAGGAAUCGCUUUCCGAGCCCCUUCCUUUUUCCGGUCCUCUAUCACGCAACGACCUCCUCCGUAUGUUCCUUGUGGCUCCGGCGACCGAGGCAUUUCGGGGAGAUACGCGGCCGAUCGACUUCGCCGAUGAGACCCCUCCGCCACAACUGGUUACCCUUUCUGUUGCUAGCACCAGUCAAGUACGGCAACCUGGUGGUGGUACUGGCGGCGGCGGCCUGAGAAGAACGACCAGCAAGGGUAUGAUGGGCCAACGCCCGCAGGGUUAUGGUGGCGGUGGUGGCGGUGGUGGUCAUCACUUGGGCAGUGGUGAUUGGCGCAAGGACAUGCUCGGUCCGCAGGCUAUGCGGGAUAAGUACAAUCGUCAGCAGAGUCGACAGCAGUAUAAACGGUCCAACGCCCCAGUGGUCCCAUUGAAGGUUACUGAGCACGGCUACAAGGUGGCAGCGAAGCUUGAGGAUGUAUCCCCUCAAGAGAAGCUCCAUCGUCUGGUCAUGUCCAACCUCAACCGUAUCACCGCUGAGAACUUCAUGCAGGUCACUGCUAGCUUGGCCGAGCUGGGGAUCGACGAAGGUUGGAAGCUGGAGCUAGUGGUACGGACCAUCUUCGACAAGGCAAUUCAGGAGAGCUACUACUGCGAGAUCUAUUCUGACAUGUGUAUGCAACUCCGCCGGGUGCUGCCAGAGUUCGAGGGUGACGAUAUUAACAAGCCUAUGACCUUCACAAGAGCUCUUAUUACUAAGUGCCAAGAGGAGUUCGAGGCCUUGCCAGUGGAUCUAGCUCCGACACCUGAGGAAGAGGCCAAGGCCAAUGGUGAUGCCCAAGAGUUGGAGGUCAUCCGCUCCAAGAAGAAGGAACGUAUUCUGGGUAACAUGAAGUUUAUUGGGCAACUCUUUCUACGUCAACUACUGAGUGCCAAGGUUAUCAAGGAGGUCGUUGGUCAACUUAUUUUCCGGUCGGAUGAGCCCGAGGAGCACUACAUUGAAUGUGUUUGCAUCCUAUUGCUGAAUAUUGGGUCCACCCUAGACCAGUACGAUCGUGGUCGCAAUAUGUGUACGGCUUUCAUCAGACGGUUGAGGGAUAUCAAGAGGUUGGACUACCCUAGUAGGCUCAAGUUUAUGAUCCAGGAUCUCAUCGAUAACAGGAGUCGAGGUUGGGUGGACCGCAAGGGCAAUCCUGUUGGUGGUAGGAGCAAGAAAGCGGUGAAGUCCGUUACCCUACAGGGCCAAGAGGACACUAAGCGGCAGGCCAAGCUGGAUGAGGCCCGACGGAAGAUGGAUGAACUUGCCAUUGAGAAGAAGGAGCAGAAGGAGGCUAAGGAGAGGGAGCUCCAGGAAGCACGAGCUUUCAAGGUCGAUAAGUUCAAGAACUGUCGGGACUACUUCCGUGAAGAUGGUGAUCUGAACUCCUUCCUCAACGAUGUCACUACUAUGGUCCAGAACGACCCGAGCUGUCCCUCCAAGAUGGCUGAGAAUCUGGUCAACUGGGGCGCGGAGGACCCACGUGGGGCCUUUAAGGACGCUGAGCUCAUCGUUGAGCUGGUCCGCCGUGGCAUUAUCCCCUUCAAGGUAUUGAACCUGGUUUUGCGAGGUUUCCUCGAGGUUCUGGAUGACGUGGCUAUGGACUUCCCCAAAGCACCAGAGUUCUACCAUAGGCUAUUCGCCUUGCUACUAGUUGGUGAUUACUCUGUAGCGGAGGAACCUAGCGAGUUCGAUCCACAGCUUAUCCUAUCUUGGAAGGUCCUGGGUUCUGAUGAACGGUCGUUCGAUCUUGCCGUUAAGGUUUUGGAGCAAGCGAAGCGCAUUGCCGGUGUCCCUGGUGUCCACAAGGGUUUGCACUUUCUUCGUCCUCUGAUGAAGAGGAUGAAGCAUUUGGAGCCCUCUGAUGACAAGGACCUGGAUGAGAUGCUGGAAGAGAUGGGCCUUUUGAAGGACGAGACGGAGGGUUUGCUCGACAAGCUCGGUGCUGCCCUAAAGGGCAAAGAUUUUGACGCGGCAACGCAGUUGAUGAACGAGGAGGCCUCGGGUGAUUUGCUCGGUGGUAAAAACGCACUAUUCGAACGGAGAGUGAUUUCAGCGUUGAUAUCAAACUUGCGUCUGGCAUGGUCGAAGGACUCUUGGACAGUACGGCUGAAGCCUGCGGAGAGCCUCCUACGUACGGUUUGUGGUACGGGAACUGAGACUGGUGUCGGUAGUCCUAACAACAGCGAACUCCACAACCAGAAGCGGCUCGUAGAGUCCCUCGCUGGUGCCAUAUACGAUGCCCGGCUGCCGUCCAAGGAUGUUGCCGGUAUCUACCGGGCAUUCGUGGAUAUGGGCCUCGUACGGCAAGUGGUCCUUCAGCAGUGGUAUUCCCAGACUUCUACGGAGUCCGACCGUGAAGUGCGGAAGUUCAGUGCGGAAGGCCUGAGACGUGUUGUGGCUGGCCAGAGUAGUAAUGGUGACACACCACCAGAGAGCUCUGCAGAGUCGCUGGCCUCUCCUGCUUCGUCUGUUACUCAGUAG